AUGUCUUCCGCCGCCGUUUUCGCUCAGGCCAUUAGCGAGCUGGAAAAUUACACGGCCUGCGAUAUCUCCGAUGCGCUCCUCAAGCUCAAGGUGCCGGGUGCCGGGUUCAUAUCCGAUCUCACCCAAUACAGCCCGCGCAAUACGUCGAGUGGCAGCAUCAAGGAAGAGAAAGUGACAGUAGCGCCGGUAUCCACAGUCUUAUUUACAGCAAAGGACGAGGAUCCGGCCACGACUAGCUCGCGACCUGCGCCGAACUUUCCCAAAAACACACACUGGGUCGACAAUGCCGUUCCCGGGACAUUUGCCAUCCUGCAACAGGCUGCCGGCCAAACAAACGCAAUCUGCGGAGGCAUCAUGGCCCUGCGUAUGAAGGUCCUUGGUGUCAAGGGUAUUAUCGUGGCGGGUCGCGUGCGAGACUUGGUAGAACUGCAAAGCACGGAGCUCCCUAUCUGGGCACUCGGUACGUCAACUGUCGGAUCGGGCGGUAGCAGCACGCCCUGGGCUCGGGAGGUUCCGCUGACGAUCAACGGUGUGCUCGUCACACCCGGUGAUCUCGCGUUCAACGACCCAGUCAACGGAGUGGUUGUCAUCCCACAAGACAAAGUCGCCCAGGUGCUGGAGCUCCUGCCGAAGCUGACCUCGGCUGAUGACAAGGCCAAGGCCGACGUCGCCCUUGGUGUGUCCGUCAAGGAGGCUUUUGAGCGCCACCGCGGAUAA